UUAUUAUUAUUAUUCAAAUGUCAAAUGUACCAAGCAUCAGAAAAUUAGACCAAGCUGUUGUUAACAGAAUUGCAGCAGGAGAAGUCAUUCAACGUCCUGCUAAUGCUUUAAAAGAGCUCAUUGAAAACUCACUUGAUGCAGGAUCAACACAGAUCCAGAUAUUGAUCAAAGAUGGAGGUUUAAAAUUAUUACAAAUACAGGACAAUGGACAUGGCAUCAGAAAAGAAGAUAUGGCUAUUGUAUGUGAACGUUUUACGACUAGUAAACUUAAUUGUUUUGAAGAUCUAACUUCCAUUUCAACUCAUGGGUUUCGAGGAGAAGCUUUAGCAAGCAUCUCUCAUGUAGCUCAUGUGACGAUCACUACGAAAACAGCAGACUCACCUUGUGCUUAUCGUGCACAUUAUACAGAUGGACACCUAGUAUCUCCCAAGGUAGGUCAAUCAGCAGAUCCAAAACCAUGUGCAGGCAAUAAUGGUACGCAAAUUACAGCGGAGGAUCUGUUUUAUAAUGUACCUACAAGACGAAAGGCAUUGAAAUCGAUCAGUGACGAAUACAAUCGUAUCUUGGAUAUUGUAAGUCGAUACGCGAUUCAUAACUCUGGAGUUAGUUUCAGUUGUCGAAAACAAGGAGCGACAAUAGCAGAUAUACAGACUUCAAAUGGUUCAACCAUUAUAGACAAUAUACGACAGUUGCAUGGCUCUGUUGCAUCCGAGUUAUUACAUGUAGCAAAGUCUGUAGAUGAAUUGAAUUUCAAGUUGGAAGGAUAUAUUUCAAAUGCGAAUUAUAAUACGAAACGAAUGACUUUAUUAUUAUUUAUUAAUCAUCGAGCAGUUGAAAGUUCAUCUAUUAAAAGAGCUAUUGAUGCUAUCUAUGCUUUACUAUUACCUAAAGGUUCACAUCCAUUUAUUUAUCUUAGCCUUGAAAUUGAUCCUAAAAAUGUGGAUGUGAAUGUCCAUCCAACUAAAAAAGAAGUUCAUUUUUUAAACGAGGAUAAAAUUAUCGAUGCUAUAAGUCAUGUAUUUCAAGAAACUUUAGAAAAUGCAAAUAAUUCGAGAACUUUCUAUACACAAUCUUUAUUACCUGGUGCUUUAGAUCCCACUUUACAACAACAAAAUGAAUCAGAAGAAGAUACAAUAGUGCCUACAAAUAAUAAUACGCCAGAAUAUAAAUAUGUUAGAACAGAUAGUAAAAUAACUACUUUGGAUACAUUUGUACAUAAACGGGGUACUACUACUCUAGGACAUGAUGAAACACAUGUUGAAGUUAUUCAUAAAGCUAGAGUGGAAGUACGUUUAACGAGUGUAUUACAAUUACGUAAAGAGAUCAAAAAGCAAGAAAAUAUAGGUUUAACACAUAUAUUUUCAAGACAUACCUUUAUUGGCUGUGUAGAUGAUAGAUUAGCACUCGUUCAACAUGAACAAAAUAUUUAUCUCAUUGAUUACAAUGCGGCAAGCGAAGAACUAUUCUAUCAAAUUGUAUUAAAUGAAUUUUGUAAUAUGGGUGAAUUAAAGUUAGCGACACCUAUUUCAAUAAGAGAAUGCUUAAGAAUUGCAAUUGAUAUAGAAGAAAAGAAUGGUACUUUACCAGAAAACUUGAUAAGUAAAGAUGAUAUUGUAAAAUCCAUUACAGAUACUUUGGUUUCACGUGCAGAAAUGUUAAAAGAAUACUUUUCAAUGGAGAUAUCUAAUGAAGGAAACUUGAUUGGAUUACCGAUGCUUAUCAAAGAUUAUGUUCCUUGUAUGGACAAACUUCCUUUGUUCUUAUUAAGAUUAGGUACAGAAGUCAAUUGGGAAUCUGAAAAGGAAUGCUUUGAUACAUUCUCAAGGGAAUUAGCUUUGUUCUAUAGCGCUGAAGCACCAUGUAAUAGCAACGAACACGAAGACUAUUUAUGGAAAGUACAACAUUUUAUUUUCCCAGCUUUUAAAACUCAUUUUGUAGCUCCAAUGGGACUAAAAGACUAUGUAACUGCAUUAGCGAAUUUAACUGAUUUAUAUAAAAUUUUUGAAAGAUGUUAAUAAAAAAAAAAA